CUGUAAGUUCCUACAUCCUGGUAUUUUUUACCGUUGUCAAGGCACCGAUAGAAAGAAAGGCUGCAACGGAAAGCGACUGCAGUGUCCUGAGACUGAGCUUAAAGAAAGUUAGAUGCAUUUUCCAGGUCAACUACUCUGGGUUUUUCAGAAAAAUGGACAGUUUGAAUCAAGCACUGCAUACAAAAUCAAUCUAAACCGAAAGACCUUGAGAGACUGCUUCACAUAAAUUAAAGAUGUGACCCCACAGAUACCCUGUUUAGAGGCUGACAUUAGUAUAAUGAUGGUGUAACCAAACAGCAGCCAUGUCUAGCAAAACUUCAUCUAAACGUCGUUAUCAACCAGCAGCAGAGUUUGAUGAAGCCACUAUUGCCCGCAAAAGGGAAUAUUGGAGGAGCAAGAAAAGAGAGCAGAGGGCGAGAAAGUCAUCUACAAAAAAGAAGAUUGGAAAUGAAAAUCUGGGGUUGCGCAUGUCUGUUGUUAGUGAAGCCAAUAAUGAUCCCCCUCUACAUAAUCAUAAUGUUUUAUUCAAACAGGAAGUUGCUGAUGCUCCUAAAAACUCCUUCAGCUCAGGUCUGUCAGUAUCUGAGAGUAAUAUUACUAUGGUGCCGUCACUGCCAUGCCAAAAAGCGAGAUGGUUUCAAAGGACCAAGCUCAACCAUGCCUUACCUCAGUACCCAGAAACAAGCACAAAUUCCCUGAAGGGUGUAAUGGGCAAUAAAAAAAUAAAGCCCUCAGAUACAGGGUCAUCAAAAACAAAUGCUUCAACGGUUGAAUCUCUCUUCCCUACAGUCCAUUCGGUACCUACAACAUGCAUCGAGUUGCAUCCAAACAGUACUCAUACUCAAAAAACGAAAUCAGGAAUGUCAUCCCCAAAUGGCAAGCAAUUAACAACAUCUCUGCAAAGCCAUGUAUCCAUGGUUUUACCAGUGCACAGAAACCAGAAUAAGCCUCAGAACUCACUUAGACCCUUGACCUCUGCAGAAUGUAAGGCUCAUGAAAACCAGAGUCCUAUCACUAAGAGAAGAACAUGUGCCUUUGCUCCAGAGCACAACACGGGAGUAGCUAUGACUGAAGAAGAGAUGGUUGCGAAGCGUAGAGAGAACUGGCGUAUCAAAAAGCGGGAACAAAGAGCAAAGCAUGCUGCAAAGCUGGCCCGGGAUCGAGAAGGGAGUCUUAGACAAGGACAACCUUUAUCUGUUGGUAUCAUGCAUGCUUCGUCUCUUACUAACAGUAAGGCCUUGAGAGGAAUCAGCCUCAACUCAAAUCUUGUAUCCCUCAAUCAGCAGUCACUGGGAGCAAAAUUUUACGGUUCUCGGACAACACAACUACAUGUUCAGAGUACUAAACCAAAACAUGCAUCCUUAAACUCUGGUAUUUUGCAGCCAUCCUCAAGUAAAUCCAAAUCCAAAGUACAGAAAUUUACACAUACUCAAAAGAGACGUCAAAACCAAAUGAGGAAAUCCAUCCUUGGUGCUUCCAAAGUUGAGUCUCCUGAGGAUCGCCAUGCCAGGCAGAAAGAGUACUGGAGAAUUAAGAAGCGUGAGCAGAGAGCAAGACUGUCUAUGGCGUUAAAAGCGCGAGUAAAGGAACAGGAUGUACUAAAGCAUCGUGGGAGAUGCUACAACACCAGUUUCAACCAGGCGUGUGGAGUUCAAGCGAGUAAAGCAAGUGCAUUUGCAGUUUCCUCGGAUACCAUUGUUGGUUUUAUCAAAGAUGGCACAGUGACAGUCUCCAUUUUGAAGACAUCUCCUGAGGCUUCCCUACCUGCAAGUCAAGACAUUUCCAAUGUAAAAUGCAUUGAAAAGGUAAAACUCCAGGUUCAAGUAAAUUCUCCCCUAUAUUCAGAUGCUUCACCAGUCACAAAGCUAGAUUCUGCUCCAUGCAACGUUUCCAGUAACUGUACUAAUGCUCACCAAAACUCUCUAGUAAAAUCUAGGUUAACCAGAGGCACAGUUAUGGGCAAUAUGACAGUUACCAUCGAGUCUGAAACCCCAACAGAAGAAGAAAGGGUCGCCCGUUUGAGGGAGUACUGGAGGAUAAAGAAACGAGAGCAAAGGGCUAGUCGAGCUGCCCGACUUGGGAAUGGUUUGCUUAGGUCGAAGGUUUUAGUGUUAAAGCAGAGAGAGAAAAACAAGAAGUCAAACCAAAGGCAGAGUAUUACUUCAUCUAUCACCACAACAGUUUGUCACUCCUCAACCAGUGCCCCAACCCCUAUAAAAGAAGAACACGUCUAUCCCACAAUACAAGCUGUAUUUUCCAUCCCAGAAAUUACUCCCUGCAUCAGUGUUAAUAGCAGCAAACCUUCACCCUGUGCAUCCUUAGAAUCACACAUUGAGCCUCCAACAGCUGUGGACCAUCAUGCCACCACUCUUCAGGCUGUUGCCUCCAUGAAAAAGCUCCUGGAGGAAUCGGUUUACACACCAGAAGAAAAUAAUGCCAACAAAAUGCAUGUUAAGUGUGAAAAUGAACCUCUUCUGUUGACUAAAGAUGACAUUUUUACAUCUGAAGAUGCAAAGCCAAGUCUUACCUUACAACAAAGCGUCUUAUUACAGUGUGACCUCUCAAAAGACACAAGCCUUAAAGAUAUCAAGCUGAGUCCUCAAGCAUCAACUUUUGAAAACACCAGUCAUUUUAUGACUCAUAACGUCUGUCAAGAGGCUACAGAUGGAAGUCAUGCCAUUUCUCCAGUGGCUCUGCAACUUCAGAAGUUCAGUGAUGAUGGAGCAGAUCCCAAGCAGGCCUGCCCUUCACAGGCCUUGCAAAAGCAGCAGCUUGGUGAAAGUGAUGAGCUUCAAAGAAAGAGAGAGUAUUGGCGGUUAAAGAAGAGACAACAGCGGGCUAGAAAAGCCAACAAAGAUGCAACCAAACAUGCAGUUCUUCGCAAUCUGGCACAGAUUCCUCAGAAGAAAACACAAAGCACAACUCUCAUGCAAGCCAUGUCCCAGGACACUUCCACAUGCAGACAGAUCCCCAUUCAGAAAAAAACAAGCAGGUGCACCAAGCAUUCAGGUCCGCAGACACAACCUACAGAUAAAUCAAGAUCUAAUAGAAGCCAAAUAGUGGCAACGCCAAAUCCACAAGAAGAUCCAGAGGAGGUUAUUCGUAGAAGACGCAUGCAGUGGAGGAUCAAGAAACAGGAGCAGAGAGCUAGAAAGGCAGCAUGUGAGAGAAGGCUAUGCCAGAUGAUGGUCCCUCCACAAGGCCAGGAUUUACAAAGUCAUAACUCCACCAGUCUCUGCACAGCAGUAGUUCAGAAUGUAACAUUAGAAGACCAACUUGGCUACUUUGCUGAACCAUGUCAACCUGUGCUCAAUGAGGAGUCACCAAAUGAUGCAAUGGAUAGACCUUUAUCACAGGCAGAGUGGAGAAAUGUCUACCUCAUGGACUUUGAUCCUGUCAACCCGUUGUUGGUGUGUAUGGUUUGUGGGGAGCAGCAGUACUCUGUGAGUGUGGAAGGGGUGAAGGCUCACAUUGAGGAGGUGCAUCCUGAUACACUAUCAUUGGGAGACCUUGAACGUCAAGGCAUUCUUGAUGCCUGGGAUAAACAGGUGGCUGUUCGAGAGCACUUCAUCACCCACCAGCUUCAACAGCAAUGCAGAGCUUCUACAGAAUGGAAUUUAACCUGCCCGGUCAAAAUUGAAGCUAAGGCCGAGGCCGAAGACUUUGAGUGAACUGAUGGGUGACAGACAAGAGGAAACGCUGAAGCUGAUCUUAUACCAUUUCACUCAUUCAUUUAAUCAUUUAUAUCCUUUAUAACAAUCUGAGCCAAAGAAUGGCUGAUUUAUUUUUAUUUUUUUGAGUCUUCCUUUUGUUAAACAUAGGUAAUUAUAGGAGUACUACACUAAAUUUAUCAUUUGUUUCCCACUGAAGUCGAGUCAAAUCACCUUUAUUUACAGUGCUGUGAAAAGGUUUUUGCCCCCUUCCUGUUUAAGUUUUUUGCAUAUUUGUCACACUUAAAAGAUUCAGAUCAUCAAACAAGUAAAUACAAAAUGCAGUUUUUAAAAUGAUGAUUUCAUUUAUUAAGGGAAAAAAGCUGGCCAAACCUACCUGGCCUUACUUGAAAAAUUAAUUGCCCCCUCCUGUUAAAUCAUGAAAGAACUGUGAUUAACCACAUUAUUUUAGAAAGCUGAGUUAAAUUUCACUAGCCAAACCCAGGCCUGAUUACUGCCAGACCUGUUGAAUCAGGAAAUCACUUAAAUAGAACCUGUCUGACAAAGUGAAGCAUGCUUAAAGAGCAACACAUCAUUCCGCGAUCUUAAGAAAUUCAGGAACAGAUGAGAAACAAAACAGUUGACAUGUAUCAGUCUGGAAAGGGUUAUAAAGCCAUCUCUAAGGCUUUGGGACUCCAGUGAACCAUGGUCAGAGCCAUUAUCCACAAAUGGAGAAAACUUGUAACAGUGGUGAACCUUCCCAGGAGUGGCUGGCCUACCAAAAUUACUCCAAGAGCACAAUGACGACUCAUCCAGGAGGUCAUAAAAGGCAAAAGCCAUUGCUGACCAAAAAGAACACAAAGGCUCGUCUCACAUUUGCCAAAAAAUAUCUUGAUUAUCCCCAAGACUUUUGGACAAAUAUUCUGUGGACUGAUGAGACAAAAGUUGAACUUUUUGGAAGGUGUGUGUCCCGUUACAUCUGGCGUAAAACCAACACAGCAUUUCAUAAAAAGAACAUCAUACCAACAGUCAAACAUGGUGGUGGUAGCAUGAUGGUCUGGGGCUGCUUUGUAGCUUCAGGACCUGGAUGACUUGCCAUAAUUGAUGGAACCAUGAAUUCUGCACUCUAUCAGAAAAUCCUGAAGGAGAAUGUUCGGCUGUCAGUUUGUGACCUCAAGCUCAAGCGCACUUGGGUUAUGCAGCAGGACAAUGAUCCCAAACACACCAGCAAGUCCACCUCUGAAUGGCUGAAGAAAAACAAAAUGAGGUUUAGGGGGCAAUUAGUUUUUCACAUAGGGCCAGGCAGGUUUGGAAAUAAAUGAAAUAAUUAUUUCAAAACUGCUUUUUGUAUUUACUCGGGUUAUCUUUGUGUAAUAUAAAGAUGACCUUAAUGUGUAUCAGUCACUCCUCUCUUCCUUCUCUGCUAAUGUCUCCACUGCUAAAAGGACAUACUAUCAUAACAAAAUUAACAAUUUGUCUAACUCUCGCAUGCUCUUUAAAACAUUUUCCUUGCUUCUUUGUCCUCCUCCUCCUCCCCCUCCUUCAUCAACUCUAACAGCUGACAACUUUGCCACGUUCUUCAUUAAUAAAAUUAAAACCAUCAGUGCACAAUUUUCCACACCACAAUCUGUCAAGCACAUCUUACCAGCAAACAUACACUCAUUCACAUCCUUCUCUUCACUCUCUGAGGCAGAAGUCUCCAAACUCAUCCUUUCUAAACAUCCUACUGCUUGUCCGAUUGAUCCUAUUCCAUCUCAUCUCCUUCAAGCCAUUUCUCCUACAGUUGCACUCACAUCAUUAACACAUCCCUUCACACUGGUGUUUUUCCAUCAGCAUUUAGACAAACCCACCCUUAACCCAUCUCUUUUUAGAGAACUACUACUUUCCCUUCUACAUUUCAUUGCUAAAACACUUGAACAAGCUGUGUUCAACCAAGUGUCUGCCUUUCUCACACAGAACAACCUCCUCGACAGCAACCAGUCUGGUUUCAGAAGUGGACAUUCAACCAAAACUGCCUUGUUCUCAGUUGUUAAAGCCCUAAGACUUGCAAGAGCGGAUUCCAAAUCUUCAAUACUUAUCUUGCUGGAUCUGUCCGCUGCUUUUGACAUGGUUAACCACCAGAUCCUCCUGUCAGCCCUAUUGGUAAAAGGCAUUUCAGGAACCGCACUCCAGUGAUUUGAGUCUUACCUCUCAGAUAGGUCCUUCAAGGUAUCUUGGAGAGGUGAGGUUUCCAAGUCGCAACAUCUAACUACUGGAGUGCCUCAGGGCUCAGUUCUUGGACCACUUCUCUUCUCUGUCUACAUGGAAUCACUGGGUUCUGUCAUUCAGAAACAUGGCUUUUCAUAUCACUGCUAUGCUGAUGACUCUCAACUCUACCUCUCAUUCCAUCCUGAUGAUCCGACGAUAGCUGCUCGCAUCUCAGCUUGUCUAACAGACAUUUCUUGCUGGAUGAAGGACAAUCACCUUAAACUCAACCUUGCCAAGACAGAACUGCUUGUGGUUCUAUCAAACCCAUCGUUUCAUCACAAUUUCACCAUCCAGUUAGGCACAUCAACCAUAACUCCUUCUUCAAAAACAGUCAGAAACCUUGGAGUUAUGAUUGAUGAUCAGCUGACUUUCUCAGACCACAUUGCUAAAACUGCCCGGUCCUGCAGGUUUGCUUUAUUCAACAUCAAGAAGAUCAGGCCCUUUCUUUCAGGAACAUGCUUCACAACUCUUUGUUCAAGCUCUUGUUCUGUCUAGGCUGGACUAUUACAAUGCUCUCUUGGCAUGUCUUCCAGCCAGUUCUAUCAAACCUUUACAAUUAAUCCAGAAUGCGGCAGCAAGAUUAAUUUUUAAUGAGCCAAAAAGAAUGGACGUCACACCUCUGUUUAUCAAUUUGCACUAGCUACCAAUAGCUGCUCGCAUAAAAUUCAAGGCAUUAAUGUUUGCCUACAAAACCACCACUGGCUCUUCACCCCUUUACCUAAAUUCAUUACUUCAGACUUAUGUGCCCUCUAGAAGCUUAUGUUCUGCAAAUGAACAUCACUUUAUUGUGCCAUCCCAAAGAGGCACAAAAUCACUUUCACGGACUUUUAAAUUAAAUGUUCCCCCCUGGUGGAAUGACCUGCCCAACUCAAUCCGAGAAGCUGAGUCCUUAGCCAUCUUCAAGAAUCGGCUAAAAACACAUCUCUUCCAUCUUUAUUUGCCCUCUAACUAAUUAUAUACUAGCACUCUCUAUUCUAAUUAUAUUCUUUAAAAAAUACUAACACUAGCUUUUGUAAUCUUUUUGUAUUACAUCUAUUUGUUGUCUUUUUAUUUAUUAUACAAUUAACAUAAGCAAAAAAGUCUUCAAACACUAGCUUGCUCUGUUCUUUUUCUAUUCAUCUGUUAUAUAAUUAAAAAAAAAAAAACCUUGCUAUGUGUACUGCGUUAAGCUAACUGUAACUUGUUAUAGCACUUGCAUAUCAUUGCUCUUUUGUGGAUUUUGAUUGCUUCCGUUGUCCUCAUUUGUAAGUCGCUUUGGAUGAAAGCAUCUGCUAAACGACUAAAUGUAAAUGUGUUGGAUGAUCUGAAUCAUUCAAGUGUGACAAAUAGGCAAAAACAUAAAAUAAAAAUAAAAAACAGGAAGGGGGCAAAAACUUUUUCACACAGCGCUUUAUACAAUACUGAUUGUGUCAAAGAAGCUCUACAGUGUCAAACGGGACACAAUAAUCAUAGUUUGUCAAUAAUGCAAGAAGACAAUAACCGAUUCAUUUUUCAGUUAAAGUCAAUUCAUUGAUGAUUCAGUGAUGUCAUCAUCCAGUUCAGCUCUCUUCCAAUAGUGUCUGUGCAAUCAGUCCCAGAGGCAACAGUGGAAAGGAACCAAAACUCAAUCGGUGACAGAAGUGGAGAAACCAGGCUCAAUCGUGGGCCCUCUGGACAGAAGAAAACUUGAACUUGAAAUUUUUUCUCAUGUAUUAAGGAUUUAAGAUUCUGUUUUCUUACAUUUUCUUUGUAAGUUCCAACAGUCAUGUAAGAGAUCAAUAUCAAAAUGUUGAUUUACCCUUUUCUCACUACUGAGCCUCAUUAACUGUACUUUUAAAUUCUGGUAAUACUCCAAACCAUGUAAAUCAGGCUACAAAAUAAGAUCCGGCUGUAAAAACGUCCUCGCACAACCAAACAACUGGCAUUAUUCAUGUAUUCUGUAAUCUGAAGAACUGCAUUUUGAGCUUGUAUUUUCAUUAUUUAUUUCUGUACAGUUUAUGCACUUUUCAAAACAUUUUUCAAUAAAAUUUCUUUUUGUAAUUGUU